GGUCUCCCAGCAACACCGUGUAAAUAACAAGCUGCUCCUCUGUAGUGUUGGCUAGUGAGCAUGAGAGAGUGGAGGAGAAAUGAAUGAAACAUUGGUUUGACUCUGGUUUUUUUUUUUUGAGCUAGCUUAUCGAAGAGUUGAGGGUAAGAAAGAUCCCACGGCUAUUUACAGAUCAGACUGGCUGCUGAUGGUUGUUGGCAAUCAAAUGGGGCUUUUUGACAAGUUGGCAGGAUGGCUGGGGUUGAAGAAAGGGGUGAAUGUGCUGUGUCUUGGUCUGGACAACAGUGGAAAAACUACGAUUAUCAACCAACUCAAGCCCUCUAAUGCCCAGGCACAAGACAUUGUUCCAACUAUUGGCUUCAGCAUAGAGAAGUUCAAGACUUCCAGUCUUUCCUUCACAGUGUUUGACAUGUCUGGUCAAGGCAGAUACAGAAACCUUUGGGAACACUACUACAAGGAAGGCCAGGCAAUCAUAUUUGUCAUUGACAGUGCUGACAAACUGAGGAUGGUGGUGGCCAAAGAAGAACUGGACACAUUACUAAACCAUCCUGAUAUUAAACACAGGAGGAUUCCCAUCCUGUUCUUUGCCAACAAGAUGGAUGUCAGGGAUGCUUUGUCUUCAGUCAAAGUCUCACAGCUGCUCUGUUUGGACAACAUCAAAGACAAACCCUGGCACAUCUGCGCCACAGACGCCCUGAAAGGAGAAGGUUUACAGGAAGGAGUCGACUGGUUACAAGAUCAAAUAAAGACGAUGAGAACGUGAGGGCAUGAGGGCAUGAGGUCGAACACAUCAGAAGAAGAAGACAGAUCCUCUAGAGGGUUUUAUGAAAGUCCUGUUUCCAGAGGUACCAUAGGGAAAGUCAUGUUUUUAAUGCAGUGUCUGGGUGGUUCUUGGAUAAGGGUGGUUCACCCAAAUAUGAGGGUGUAAUUCCAUUCUCUGGUACCAGUUAUGCCAAUAAAAUCCAUCAAACGAUAGUGCUAAGUCAAUAAGAAACCAAUUGGAAACAAAUCCGUACUUUUCAGUAAAAGCAUUAUGAGUUAACUUGAUGAACACAGCUCUCCCAAUGCAGUCAAAUGUGUAGAUCAUUAUUUUAUCCAUUUAUAUUAUUACUCCCAGUUCUCAAUAUCUAUGUGCAACAGGUGCUGACUUUAUUUUUAAGGGAGCAUGAAUAGCUAAGAUCGGAUUUGGAAAAUACAUUUUGUUGGGCGGUGUGAUACUCUGCAUGCUUUAGCCCUCAGACAAUCUGUGUGUCAGCUUCUCUGAAGAGACAGCAUGUAAACUCAAGGUCUUUUCCCCUUCAUCUUCAGCUUACAAAUAUAAACAUUAAAUAUGUUUUAAGCCUUU